AUGACCCAGCGGGUGUUCGAAUCCUCUACGGUCCGAUCCAUCACCACUCUGCCCCAGACAAUCAACCAGAUCAAGACUGAAAACAAGCACAUUCUCGGCACUCAGGAUGCUUCACCUGUGACCAUCAACGGUUGGAUCAAGUCUGUACAGAAGCUCAAGAAUGUCGCAUUUCUCAACAUUUCCGACGGCAAUUGUGCCCAGGGUGUUAUGGCUGUGCUCCAACCCGAUCAGGUGACCUCCGAUCUCACUACGGGUGCAUGUGUGUCUGUCAAGGGCAACUUGGUCAGUUCUCAGGGCAAGAAGCAGGGUCUGGAACUCCAGGCCGAGUCGGUCAAGGUUACUGGAACAGUGGACGAAUACCCUAUUCAAAAGAAGUUCCACAAACAAGAGUUUCUGCGAACCCUGCCUGCUCUCAGAUGGAGAACUUCUGUCAACUCCUCUACUCUUAGAUACAGAUCAUUCUGUAUGGCUCAAAUGACCAACUUCUUCGCCGAGAACGACUUUGUGCAGACUAACCCUCCCCUGCUGACCUCUUCUGAUUGUGAGGGUGCCGGUGAGGUGUUCAAGGUGGCUGGAGGGGGCAAAGGAGACAAGUUCUUCGGAGACAAGCCCGCAUACCUCACUGUUUCCACCCAAUUGCAUCUGGAAGUUCUGGCAGCUGCCGUAGGUCGAGUGUGGACCUUCACACCUGCUUUCCGUGCUGAAAACAGCGAUACCAAUCGUCAUCUGAGCGAGUUCUGGAUGGCAGAAGCCGAGAUCUCGUUCAUUGACGACCUGGAGCCUCUCAUGGACCUCGCUGAGGGAAUGGUGAAGUCAUGUCUUGCUCCUCUUAUGGAAGAAGGUAACAAGGCGCGAAACGAUCUUUUGGAUGCUCGGAGAAGCGCUGAACAGAAGGAAGAGCUUCUCGAUCGAUGGGACAUGGCUAACUGCGACUUCCCCAGACUCACAUACAAGCAAGCGAUCAAAAUUCUUAACCUGCAGCACCUUAAGGAGCCUUUCGCCCACCGACCCGACUAUGAGGUUGGCCUCCGAAGUGAACAUGAGAAGUGGCUGGCAACAGAGUAUUUCAUUUCGCCUGUGUUUGUAACUGACUACCCCAAGGAGCAGAAGCCCUUCUACAUGAAGCAGAGCCCUCACGAUUCGCAGACUGUCGCCUGUUUCGAUCUCCUUAUGCCCCACAUCGGAGAAGUUAUUGGAGGUUCCGUUCGAGAAGAUAACUAUGACACUCUGCUGAAGAACAUCGAGACUACAGGCAUGGACAAGAGUGCUCUUGAGUGGUACCUUGAGCUUCGAAAGCAGGGAUCUACUCCUCAUGGAGGCUUCGGCAUGGGUUUUGAGCGACUCAUCAGCUACGCUACAGGUAUUGAGAACAUCAGAGAUGUGACAGCAUUCCCCAGAUGGGUAGACAACUGUAGCUGUUAA